ACACAGACGUUCUGCAUGGGCCCCUAUGGUUUCGGGCUCGUAAUGUGUCCCGAUACCUUUGCCAUGGCAAUUUUGCACUUCUAGCUUGCUCAACGCGUCAUAUUAUCAUACCGGUCAACACAGAACUAAGCAUCUCGUAACUACUUCCGCCACUGUCUCGUCUUCAGCCAACAUGGGCUCCGUAGAAGACCAACAAAACAACGAAUGGAAGCGCCUUACGCCGGACCUUGUCCGGAGAGUCGCUGAGGCUCCAUGUUUGCAUCCAAACGAAGUAGCGACAGGUCUGCGCCUUGUCGACAGCGACACCGCAGCGGCGCUGCGUGACCAAUAUUGCGUUAUCAAGCUGGGUCAGAAGCGAGCAGAUCCCAGCGAGCCCCAUCGGGCUCAGCAGCCUUGGCCUGGGCACGCCUUUGUGGCGCACUGGGACCGUCCCGAGCCCUGGCGCUCGCUUAGCCUUCCCCAGCGGCGGCGGCUGCUGUGCCUGGCCGCGUCCUCGGGCCACGCGCCCAGCCUGGACGCGGCCCUGGCGCAGUGCGGCUGCUCGCUAAUCCCAGAGGUGCUGACGGCGGCCGCCGCAGCGGGCAACCUGGAGGGCUGCGAGCGGCUGCUGAGCGAGGGCUGUUUCCGGGAGGCCACCUCGGCUGUGGAGGCCGCGGGACAGGGCGGCCACCUGCAGGUGCUGCAGUUGCUGCUCAAGAAGGCGGAGCGGGGCGCCCGCGCUGCCUACUACGCUGUCGCGGUCCGCGGCGCCUGCGCUGGCGGGCAGCUGCACGUCCUGCAGUGGAUGCAGGACACGCACGGCUUCCGGCCCAAGGCUCGGCACGUGGUGCUGGCUGCCGAGUACGGCCAGGUGAAGGUUAUGGAGCUGCUGCUGCCGCAGGUGCAGGCCGAGCUGGCGCCGGCCCAGCCAGGACAGGGUCAACAUGGUCAACAGGGUCAACAGGGCCAGCAGGGUCAAGAGGGGCAGCCGGGCCAGCAGGGCCCGGCGCCACCAGGGGAUGCCAGCCGCCGCCAUGAGGCGUUCCGGCUGCUGGUGGCCAUCACGCUGGGCUGCCCGCUGGAGGUGCUGCAGCGGCACUAUGACACACUGAGGCGCUGGAGUGGAGGGCCGGCAGCAGCAGGGCACGCAGGGCACCACCAGCAGCAGCAGCAGCAGGAGGGGCUGGGGCUGGGGCUGGGUGCAGCCGCGGGAAAUGUGGGGGGAAUCACGGACUGGCCCGAGCGGCAGCAGAACCGGCUGCUGAUGGCGGCGGCCGCCAGCCCCACGCCGGACUGGGCUGCCAAGGUGGAGUUCCUUCGCUCGGCCUGGGGGCCGGACGCGGCGGCUGCGGUGGCAGCCAGUGUGGGCGACGAGCACGAGCUUUGGGGAGUGCUGUUUGAACGGCCCGACUGCUUGGCGCGGCUGCAGUACCUGCACAGCAUCGGCGUGUCAAUGGCAACACCUGUGCUGUCUCGUUAUGCGGCAAGCGCAGGGCGGCCCGAGGAGCUGGCAUACAUGUGGGACGAGUGCGGGCAGGUGGACGGGGUUUCCGCAGCAGCGCUGCUGAAGGACUGCGUGUUUGGUGCUGGGACCAGUGAGCCGCUGGUGAUGCGCUUCCUGCACGGCCGCGGCUUCCAGUUCACCGCACUGCAGGCGGAGCGUGAGGCGCAACUGGGCGCCUCUGACGCCACGCUCCUCUUCCUCUCGGAGGUGGUGGUGGACUCCAUGGAUGGUGAGGAGGCGGAUGCCGGCGGCGUGGGGCCGAGGGCCCAGGAGGCACGAGUGGAGGAGAAGGAGGAGAGGUCACAGAAGCACUGGUCGUGUGCGUUCCGCAAUGCGGCAGAACGAGGCGUGAGCCUGGCGGUGCUGCAAGCACUGCGUUCACGAGGCGCUACUGUGGACCUAGAGGCUGUGGCCAUGGGGGGCAGCGUUGAGGCGCUGGAGUGGGCGGCAGCGGAGCUGGGGGCCGAUGGUGGUGGCCGUGCACUACAGGCCCUGCUGAAUGCAGGACAGCAGCAGCGAGUAUUCCACAGUGGCAACACUGCAACAGUGGAGUGGCUGAUUUCACACGGCCUGCUGCAACAGUGAUGACACCCAAUGAGGUGCAUGGCAUUGUGCUGGCUUGAACGGACUGAGGUUGGUGGAGUGGUGCAACCACAUGCAAUGACUGUUGAUAGGGGAAGGUAAUGGAUAUCAUUUGGUUUAAGAACAGGAACUGGCUUGCAUGCAUUUAUUUUGGCUGUGCUGUACAUACAAUAGAAGCUGCAGCUGGACCAAGCUUAUGUUGUUUGCCACAGUGUGUGGAUGCAGGCUAGCCCAAACUGCAAAAAUUGCCCAUGCCCAAUGCAUACCAUGAAGAACUGUAAUUGAAGAUGGACACAUGUGGCAAUGGCAAUACCUUGAAGUGAUUGUUAACUAUGGGUGUAACAGAGUGCCUCC